UGUGUUUACAUGUGGAAGGCAUUCGGAAGGCACUGACUCAGACCCCGAGAGCUUAUUCUGCAGUGCAAGCAAAAUAAACUUCAUCCUCUGUUUGGGGAGUUUCCCUGCUUCGGGCCAGUGUAACUUAACUUUUGGCUGCCAUUCGGGAUGAUGGUGAUUUGUGAUCCAGUCUUUGGUAGAGGUCCAUGAAACUAGUUAGCAUUUCAGAAUAUAUCUUUGCUUUAGGUCUUCAAAGUCAAGAGCUCUGUCUUUUUAAAAAUUCCUUCUGAAUAAAGAAUUUUAAAUGUUAAUUACUUUAAAUUGAUCUGCCAAAAAAUGAGCCAGUACCCCAACCUGUUGAUAUUGGAAAUACAUUUAAAAAGCUGCUUGCAAAGAUCGCCUGUGACAACAUUCAGCUUUAAAAGUAUUCAGUUAUCAUAAAGACUACAGAAUAUAGAGAAACUCUUGAGUGUAGUCUCUUAGUAAUUAAAAUAAGUGUAUGUCAGGUUUGACUGAUUCUUCCUAAUGGCUCUUUGCUUUAGGGGUCAGUCCUUCUUACACAAUUUACUUUCUUUGUUUUUUGUCUCAUUAAGUCAUACCGAGGAAGAGUAGUCGUACUUGGUGGACGAUAAGAAUAUGUUUUUGAAGGCAAUUGACUUAUGGACCAAGGCUGGGGGAAACUGUGAUAGGGACUCAGGGCAAACUGAUGGGGACUUGUUAAUGGUCAGAUCUCACGGCCGCGCAGCCUAACACUGCCCACUUGAGUCUCUAAGCCAGGAAUGCUGUAUAUAGAAUGGUAAGUGCCCCAUCUCCAGCUGUGGAAACAGACACCCUAGAACAGAUUUUGGCCUUUUCUGCUUGUGUGUUCUUGCUCUCUCCCCUUUAGUAAAAUGGAGUGCAGAAAGACAGCAGCUAAUGCCACCAGAGUAUGAUGACUCUGCAGCUUUCCUAGUCUGUUGUGGGAUGAAAACUUAAUCAGUUAGGUUUCUUUUACUGGUAAUCACUAGCCAAGAGGUGCCCACUUAAAGAACAAGCUCCUUAUAGUUUGAAUUGGAUUUUUUCCCUGGAUUUCAUGUGAUUGUCAGUCUGAGGAUAUGAUUAUGAAGUUAUCUAGGGUAGGGGACUUUUUGUUUGGACUUCGCUUACGAAUUGUAACUUUUCAAAGUGAGUAGCUGAGAGUUACUCUGAAAUUGUGUUGUCUUUUGUUGCUUUGUGUUAGAAAUAUUUUUUGCCAUUCCAGUAAAUUUGUCACUGCACUAUCAUCAGUUUUUACUGUUUCAGAGGUAUAAUUAGAUGCUAAAUGCAAAUAUUACAUUCUUAACUAUUCUUUUCAGUGUUACAUAGUUUUAAAAAUUUUUCUUCCCGUAAACCCUUUCUUUUUUUAAUUAUCUCUGUAGGGUCGUCGGAAUCAACUCGAUGGCAAUGGGUGGGUUUUUUUAACCUUUUUAUUAGGAAAUGGCUGAGUGAUUUGUCUUGGUCUGAGCCAGUAUUGUUUAUUAUACAAUGGUACAAACUCAGUAGAAUUUUGUUAUUAUAAAACCCGUUGCCAUUGAGUCAAUUCUGACUCGGAAUGACCCCAUAGGACAGAGUUGAACUGCCCCCAUAGGGUUUCUGGGAGUGAAAUCUUUAGGGAAGCAGACUGUGGAGCAGCAAAUGGGUUCGAAGUGCCAGCCUUUCAGUUAGCAGCCAAGCAUUUAACCACUGCUGCAUCAGGGCUCCCUUUUGAUACUGUAGAAGCUUUUAUUCCCCACCCUAAGAAAGUAUCAUUAGGACAGUGGUAGGCUUUAUCGAGCAGAAAAAUUUCAUGCUGAACAUGGACCACCUAUCACAUAAAGAUCAAUAAGCAAAAUGCAUUUCCUAAAGUUUUAAUAACUUUAAUUAUUUUAACAAAAACUUAAAUCAUUUUGCAGUUCAGAUGCCGAAAACAAAUGAAUUUAUGUAAUUAAAAUCCCAUGUAGUUAGAAGUUCCUAGUGUAAUUAGAAAAUACAUAGAAUAUAAAAAAAAAAUGUGUACCCUUCUUUCAAAGACAGUUCCAACAUACAAGGUCUGUUGUAGGGAAAUACACGUCUACAAAUGUGGCAGAGCGGUUCCAUGAUGAACAUGAAAUUUAAAAUUCUGGACAGAGAGCUCUUCUCAGAACAAGAGACGACUUCCUGGGACAGGUGGACGUGCCCCUGAGUCAUCUCCCGACAGAAGAUCCAACCAUGGAGCGGCCCUAUACAUUUAAGGAUUUUCUCCUCAGACCACGAAGUCACAAAUCUCGAGUUAAGGGAUUUUUGCGAUUGAAGAUGGCCUAUAUGCCAAAAAAUGGAGGUCAAGAUGAAGAAAACAGUGACCAGAGGGAUGAUAUGGAGCAUGGCUGGGAAGUUGUUGACUCCAAUGACUCGGCUUCUCAGCACCAGGAGGAGCUUCCACCUCCUCCUCUGCCCCCCGGCUGGGAAGAAAAAGUGGACAACUUAGGCCGUACUUACUAUGUCAACCACAAUAACAGGACCACUCAGUGGCACCGACCGAGCUUAAUGGAUGUGUCUUCCGAGUCCGACAACAACAUCCGGCAGAUAAACCAGGAGGCUGCCCACCGGCGGUUCCGCUCCCGCAGGCACAUCAGUGAGGACUUGGAGCCCGAGCCCACAGAAGGUGGAGACGUCCCUGAGCCGUGGGAGACCAUUUCAGAAGAAGUGAAUCUCACUGGAGACUCACUCAGCCUGGCCCUGCCACCCCCGCCGUCCUCCCCUGUGUCUCGGACAAGUCCUCAGGAGCUGUCAGAGGAACUAAGCAGAAGACUUCAGAUCACUCCAGAUUCCAAUGGGGAACAAUUCAGCUCUUUGAUUCAAAGAGAGCCCUCCUCGAGACUGAGGUCAUGCAGUGUCACGGACGCGGUGGCCGAGCAGGCUCAUCUACCACCGCCAUCAGUGGCCUAUGUACACACCACGCCGGGCCUCCCUUCAGGCUGGGAAGAAAGGAAAGAUGCUAAGGGACGCACAUACUAUGUCAAUCAUAACAAUCGAACCACAACGUGGACGCGCCCUAUCAUGCAGCUUGCAGAAGAUGGCGCGUCUGGAUCGGCUACAAACAGUAACAACCAUCUAAUCGAGCCUCAGAUCCGGCGGCCUCGUAGCCUCAGUUCGCCAACAGUAACUUUAUCUGCCCCACUGGAGGGUGCCAAGGAUUCACCCAUACGUCGAGCUGUGAAAGAUACCCUUUCCAAUCCACAGUCCCCCCAGCCGUCACCUUACAACUCCCCCAAACCACAACACAAAGUCACACAGAGCUUCUUGCCACCCGGCUGGGAAAUGAGGAUAGCUCCAAAUGGCCGGCCCUUCUUCAUUGACCACAACACAAAGACGACAACCUGGGAAGAUCCACGCCUGAAGUUUCCAGUGCAUAUGCGGUCAAAGGCGUCUUUAAAUCCCAACGACCUCGGCCCGCUUCCUCCCGGUUGGGAAGAAAGAAUUCACUUGGAUGGCCGAACAUUUUAUAUUGAUCACAAUAGCAAAAUUACUCAGUGGGAAGAUCCAAGGCUGCAGAAUCCAGCGAUUACUGGUCCGGCUGUUCCUUAUUCCAGAGAAUUUAAGCAGAAAUAUGACUACUUUAGGAAGAAAUUAAAGAAACCCGCUGAUAUUCCAAAUAGAUUUGAAAUGAAACUUCACAGAAAUAACAUAUUUGAAGAGUCCUAUAGGAGAAUCAUGUCUGUGAAGAGACCAGAUGUCCUAAAAGCUAGACUGUGGAUUGAAUUUGAAUCAGAGAAAGGUCUGGACUACGGGGGCGUGGCCAGAGAAUGGUUCUUCUUACUGUCCAAGGAGAUGUUCAACCCCUACUAUGGUCUCUUUGAGUACUCUGCAACGGACAACUACACACUUCAGAUCAAUCCCAAUUCAGGCCUCUGUAAUGAAGACCAUUUGUCCUAUUUCACUUUUAUUGGAAGGGUUGCUGGUCUGGCAGUAUUUCAUGGGAAACUCUUAGAUGGUUUCUUCAUUAGGCCAUUUUACAAAAUGAUGCUGGGAAAGCAGAUAACACUGAACGACAUGGAAUCUGUGGAUAGUGAAUAUUACAACUCUUUGAAGUGGAUAUUAGAAAAUGACCCCACUGAGCUGGACCUCAUGUUCUGUAUAGAUGAAGAAAACUUCGGACAGACAUACCAAGUGGAUCUGAAGCCCAAUGGGUCAGAAAUAAUGGUGACAAAUGAAAACAAAAGGGAAUAUAUUGACCUCGUCAUCCAGUGGAGGUUCGUGAACAGGGUCCAGAAGCAAAUGAAUGCCUUCUUGGAGGGAUUCACAGAGCUGCUUCCUAUUGAUUUGAUUAAAAUUUUUGAUGAAAAUGAAUUGGAGUUGCUGAUGUGCGGCCUUGGCGAUGUGGAUGUCAAUGACUGGAGACAGCAUUCUAUUUACAAGAACGGCUACUGCCCAAAUCACCCUGUCAUUCAGUGGUUCUGGAAGGCGGUGCUGCUGAUGGACGCCGAGAAGCGCAUCCGGUUACUACAGUUUGUCACAGGGACGUCUCGAGUACCCAUGAAUGGAUUUGCUGAACUUUACGGUUCCAAUGGUCCUCAGCUGUUUACAAUAGAGCAAUGGGGGAGUCCUGAAAAACUGCCCAGAGCUCACACCUGUUUUAAUCGCCUUGACUUACCUCCAUACGAAACUUUUGAAGAUUUACGAGAGAAGCUUCUCAUGGCUGUGGAAAACGCUCAAGGAUUUGAAGGGGUGGAUUAAACGCUCCCGGCCUCGGGGUGGUCAUUCAUCGAGCAAGUUCUGCUUGCACUUUUGCGUUUGCCUGACAGACUUUUGCAGAGACGAUGGCGGAGGCGCAGCUGCACAGCGUGGCUCCUGGAGCAGAGCCUUCUCCUGUGCACGUGCCCGCGUGCAGACAUGGGAGCCGCUCCCAGCUCGUGCUCCUUCCUGCAUUCUCCACCACAAAUUAUCAACUGGUUGACGUGUACACUAAUUACAUUUCAGGAGGACUCGUUCUAUUUAUGUUGUGCCUCUGUAGGCAAAGCCCUUAAUAAAUAUUUUACAUACUUUCUAAUGACAAUGAAUGGAAUUAAUCACUCUACAGGUAUAGUAUUACAACUCAUGUUUACUUUUUUAAAUGAUUUAGACCGAUUUUCAGAUUUUAUUUCAUUACGAUUAAAGAUGUCUCCUGUA